AGAAAUCUAACACCAUGAUUGCUACCCGUAGACCAAGCGUAAUGUUCAGAAAUAUUCCUGCUUUAAAAGUUUUUAGCUAUUAAUAUGAGUAACAGCAUACCAUGUCACGUCGAUAGUACAAGCAACCAUUAUCGGUCUACCACAGAUGAUGAUUCACUUGAUUCGUCUCUUGAAGAAAUAUUGGCUACGAACGAACCAAAUCCUGAAUCCAGUCAAUCCAGUGCCUCCGAAACAUUGGCUGAGUUAUUCAUGAACCGCAGGCGCCUCAAAGAAGCAGAGACGCAAGUUUGUUCUCUCAGCUUGAUAUUGCAAAAUAGCAGUUCGUGUGAUGCCGGUUCAGGUAUUGCGGAUCAUGCGGUGUUUCGGGAGAAUAAGUCUUCUCUUGAAGAUGAAGUGAUAAAAAUGAGACAGGAGAUAUGUGAAAAAGAGUUGUUUUUAAAACAACGAGAUGCGGACUUAUAUUCAAACUAUUUACGUUCUUUUGAGAAUGACAACAACGAAGGAAGUAAAAAUCAUGGAUUUGAUGGAAAAACACAAUUCGAUGAAGAUCUUGUUCAUGAUUUGGCUAAGCAAAGUUCUGGCGAACAAGAAUUCAAAGACGAAGAUGGAAUAGAUGAUGCUGAUUUCCCACUGAAAAACGCAGAAUUCAACAUCUCUGAUUUUGGAUUUCAAGAAGGCGAGUUUGAUGACGAGCAACAAUAUUUUGAAAGCAGUCCUAAUGAAGUUACAAAGCUUCGUAGAACACUGAAUAAGACACGAAGGAAACAUAAAGAAGAAAGAGAUGCCAUUAUGAAACAGUUGAGAGCCUUGCAAAUAACAACCGUAAACGGCGAAACAAACUGGCGAUGUAUCUUGAAGAAGAAACAAAUAGAGAUUGAUGAACUUAGCAGGAAGAAUGAUGGACUGCAAGCUAGGAAUAAAGAGCUUAACUUUGCCUUGAAAAAUAUCGAAAAUUUGAAACACAAAGAAGCAAGAGAGAAAGAAAAAAGAGUUAAAAAAAAUUCAAAAAUUAUUGCAUCGUUGAGGAACCAGGUUUCAAGCAGCGAUGAAAAGAUUAAUGAAUUGUUGGAAGACGUCAAAAAAACGAGGAAUAUUAACCAAGAGUUGAAUGGAAGAGUAGGACGGUUAGAUGAACGAAAUAAGGAAUUAGAAAAAUGUUUAGGUGAAAAGGAUGAAGUGAUUCAGAGCUUAUCAAAAGAGAUUCAAGACACGAACUGUUUGGUAAACAAGCUAAUAAUAGAAGUGAAUUGCGUGAGCUUGGAUAACGAGAGUUUGACGAAGCAAAUUGAAGAACUUGAAACGGAGAAUAAGGAAGGACUGGAAGACGUUGAUGGUGUGAAACAUGCUUCAAGCUCUCUCAUUCAUGUUGGAUUGCAAACUGAAGAAUGUUCAUCUCCACUGCAAGAUGAAUUGAGCAAACUGCAGGGGGAACUAGCGUCAGAACGCAAAGCAAAGUCUGUAUUAUUUCAGCAAAUUAAUGAACAAAAGAAAUAUGUCGAGUGUUUGAGAGAAAGCGAAGUAAGAUUUCAGAACGAAUCAGAAAAAUGGAAAAGCAAGUCGUUUCAAAACGAAAGAACCAUCCAAGAGCUCAUUAUUUCCCUCGGAAAAGCAACGACAGAAAAUAAAUCAUUCUGUGAGAGAAAUCUUGAUAAACACGGAGAGGUGCUGAGUGAAGACAGAAAAAACCUUCCUCAUUUCAAAAUGCUUAAGGAGCUGAAAUCAGAAUUAAGUAAUUUGCAAAAAGAUAUUUUCAAAAACAAAGAAAAUCUUGAUUCACUACGGAAAACGUGGAGAAAAUAUGAAACUGAACUUAAAAGUGAACAUUAAUUCUGUUAAGACCAUUGAAACAGAGAGAGGAGGAGAUGUCCAUU